AUGGAGUCCACUUUGAAUGUGGAGAGAAAAAGGGGUUUUCCUGUUGCAAUAGCUUUACUGAUAUCCCUUAUCCUAUGUGCCAUCUCCUUGAAUCUUGAGGUGUUUUUGUCACUCACAACCAUCAAUUCAAUUUUCUGGAUUUCCCCUGCUGUCAAUCACACUAGCCAAUUCUAUGUUGAAUCAAAGGCUCCCCCAGUGCCUCCUCGCUUUGCUUAUUUCAUAUCAGGAACAAGAGGUGAUCUUGAAAAGCUAUGGAGAACCCUGCAGUCACUGUAUCAUCCCUGGAACUAUUAUGUAGUUCAUUUGGAGCUGGGAUCCACAUUGGAGGAAAGGCUGGAGCUUGCUUCUCGGAUUGACAAAGAUCCCAUUUUUAAUAAGGUGCAGAAUGUCCUAAUGAUAACCAAAGCUAAUAUGGUUACUUAUAGAGGUCCAACCAUGGUUUCCAACACGCUUCACGCUUGUGCCAUUCUUCUCAAGACAUACAAACACUGGGAUUGGUUCAUCAAUUUAAGCGCUUCAGAUUAUCCAUUGGUCACUCAAGAUGAUCUUCUGCACACCUUUUCUGGUUUAAAAAGGAACUUGAACUUCAUCCAUCAUACCAGCCGAUUGGGUUGGACUGGAAGGGCCAUGCCUUUAAUUGUAGACCCAGGGAUUUACCAGAAUACAAAGUCCGAUUUAUUCCGGGUGUCACCAAACAGAACUUUGCCCACUGCUUUCCGACUUUUUACAGGUUCUGCAUGGACAGUCCUUUCGCGCUCAUUCGUGGAGUAUGUUAUAUGGGGGUGGGAUAACCUUCCCAGAAUCCUCCUCAUGUACUAUACAAAUUUUGUUUCUUCUCCUGAAGGAUAUUUCCAGACCGUAAUUUGCAAUUCCCCUGAAUUUGUCCCCACCGUGGUCAACGAUGAUAUGCAUUUCGUCUCCUGGGAUUACCCCCCAAAACAGCAUCCACGCAACCUCAACAUCAAUGACACAGCCAAAAUGAUCGCAAGCAAUGCCCCCUUUGCGCGUAAAUUUAAGCGUUCUCGUGACAUUGUAUUAGAUAAGAUUGAUGCAGAACUCCUUGGCCGGGAAAAUGGUUCCUUCACCCCUGGUGGCUGGUGCUCCGGCAAUCCCCCUUGCUCCGAGGUUGGAAACCCGACAGAACUCAUUCCAGGACCGGGCGCUGAACGCCUUACUCGCCUUCUUGCUAGACGGGUUUAUUCCGCAGAAUUUACAGACAGGCAAUGCAAGGUAUCCGUAAGCUGGCCUCUCCGGGGAAAUGAGUAG